AUGAAUAGAUCAAGUAUUACAUAUAACAAUAAUAAUGAUACUACUACUAAUAAUAGUAAUGAUUUUAUAUCAACUAAUCCAAAUAAUCAAAAACAUUAUCAUAAUCAUAUUGAAAAAUUAUAUAAUUCUAAAAAAAUUUUAUCGAAUUCAUUACGUAAUUCACCAACAUUUUCAAUACAAUCAGAACCAUAUUUUAAUCAAUCAAUAAAAAAUAAUAAUCAACAUUUAACAACAACAACAACAACAAAAUCAAUAAUCAAUAAUCAAUCAAAUAUUGAUUCAUCAUCAUUAUCUAUGAUAAAUAUUAAAAAAAUAUUAGAAAGAUUAAAAAAUGAAGUUGAUAUAGAACGUAAUAAACGUACAUUAAUGAUUAAACAACAUAAUCAUAAUAUUAAUAAAUUAACAAAACAAUCAAAAAUUGAUCAUUCUAUAUUAUUAUAUGCAUUAAAACAUGCAGAAAAUAAAGCGAAAUUAUAUCGUGAUGAAUAUUAUAAACUUAAAACUAAAG